AUCUGGCAGGAGCCGGACCGGGCCACUUCUCCAAUCCAUGGAGAUAAUUAGCAGCUUACUGUCUGUCAAGUGGACCGACCGCAUAACCCGCAUGAGUACAUCGAGUAUAAAACUCGGAAAAGGUGCUCUUCUUAUUCACGGUGCUCUCAACUGAUCAUCCCCUUCAACUAAUGAUCAUCAUCAUUUCAUCAGUUCAAUCAUUCCCAGUUAUAUAUCCUGAUUCCAUUCACGGAAUUCCUAGCGGAGGGUCGAGUCCAUGGAAACGGUGCUGACCACUGUAGGGACAAAGGUCCUAGAAAAUUUAGUGGAUCAGUUGUUGCAGGUCAUUGUUGAUGCCAAGAACAAAGCAGUACCGUACACGGACAUCCUCGAUCGGAUGCAAAAGAGGGUGAUCGCCAUAGCUCCACUUUUCAAGCAGAUUGAGGAACUGAACACCACCCUCAACCGCAGCAAUGAUGAGGUCCAGAAGCUGGUCGACCUCCUUCAGAAUGGCCAAUUCCUGGUGAAGAAGUGCACUGAGAAGGUCCGCUGGUGGAACUGUGGCUUCAAGAGGCCGUCCUAUGCUGGGGAGCUCCUGAAGCUCGAAGAGGAGCUGAAUAGGUACUUCCAGGAAAUUGUGCAGCUGCAGCAGAGAAGGGACCAGAUGGAGAUGUUGGUGAAGAUCAAUCAAAUCCAUGCUACUUUCCCCGAGACAGGGGGAUAUGGUAAGUAUAAUGAAGGCCAGCAAUGUGAGGAAAUGCAGAGAAGGAGUGAAAUGGAGAUGCCGAGGAAGAAAAAUCAAAUCAACUCCACAGUCCAAACGAUGAGGGAUAAUGGUAAGUCCAAUUGUCGGGAAUUAUUAAUUCCACAUGAAAAAAAUGAAAAAACAAAUGAGGGUUCACAUCAGAAUUGGUAUUCAUCAUUUAUCUGUUUAAGUGGAAAUGGGUCUAAGCCCAAUGAAAAUUCAAUAAUGAUAAAGGUUUGGAAUGUGUGAUCCCUCCUCAUUCGAGGAUACGAGUGCACAUAAUGUAACUGGAACUGCGAAAAGGAGGCUGAAUGAAUGCUGAAAGAGGGGAAGGGACAAAAAACAGAGGCUUGCGCCUAACUUCUUAGGGAUAGCAACUCCUGCUUCCUCUCCAUCGCCUAUGAAGAUUAGCAAGCUUUCUAUUGGGCGUUUGCUCUUUAGAGUGUGUGCUUCAGUUAGCAAUCAAAGACUUCGGAGUUUAAGCAAGAAAAAAACUGAAAAUUAUGUGAAUUUUGGAUAAAAUGAAGCAACAAGGAUUUUAAAUAUUCCCACCUUAAGCCUUGAUCAAUUCUCAACAUUUCUUCCCACUUGAUAUGCUGAUUUUCAGAUUUCAUUCACUUGAUAAUAUGCGAAUUUUGGUUUUACAGGUUCCAAGUAAUCUCUAAGUUUGAAUUUUGCUGGGCCAUUUUACGAACCAAAUUUAUUUUGUCACCAUUUCUUGCACGCUGCUGCAUGUGAAGGGAGUAUUCUUCAACACAUAUAACAUCCGAUUUCAAAAGUACGAAGACACAGUGAAUCAAUUGCAACAGUGGAACAGCAUAGCUGUUAAAGAUUAAUCGAUUUCAAAGCUUCGACCAUAGUCACGAAACAAAUGGCUCAACUUCCUCGUUCC